AUGCGUGCAUCCUCGCCUGUGCAGCGACUGCGGGCCCAGCUGGACGCCUCGCUCUACCCGCCUGGCGCAGUGGCCAACCCACUGUUCACACCCUCGGUCGUCACACCCUCGUCGCCCGGUCCAUACGCACCGUACGGCCUGCCGCGGUCGACUGCGAGCUAUGCCCAUGCCACGCCUUAUGAGCAGCGAUCGCUCCGCCCAGCGGUCACCGCCUCGCCUGCUCGCGCUGCAGCAGAGUCGGCUUCGCUGUCUGAUGCUGGUCUCCUUGCCUCUCAGGACGUUCACGCGCGUUCCUCGGCGCUCUCAGCCUCUCUCGGCUCGCUCUUUCACAAGCUCGAGUCGUUGCAGGGCAUGGUGGCUGCGUCGGCGGCGGCAUCACCUGCGCGAUCGGCCGCCCGCUCGGCCUCCCCGCCGCAGCCGGUCCGCUCGUACUAUCAGACGCCACGCUCGCCUGGUCCGCUCUCCUCGACCGAGUUGCUGUCGUCGCCGCCGCCAAGAGUGCCACCAGCUGUGGUAUCCAGCCCGCCAGCGGCGCUUCAUGCCAAUGGCCACGAGUCGACCGCCGCAACCAUCGCUCGGCUGGAGGUGCAGAUCAUGAAGCUCGAGGCCGCCAACCACCGACUGCAGGCGCGCCCACCGGCCAACGCUCACUCGCCGGCCCAGGAGCGGGCGCUGGCGGAAGAGAGGCUGCGAACCAAGGAGCUUGAGCGCAAGGUGGCUGCACUGGAGCGGCGCCUGGCCAAGACCGAGCCGCCGCGCGACAUGCGCGCCCGACUUGAGGCAGAGUUCCAGAAGCGGCUCGACACCGAGAUGGAGGUCAUGCAUGGCCAGCACAUGCGCAAGCUUCGCCCCCUCCGUGCCAAGGUCCAGGAACUGACCGACGAUCUGGACACGCUGCGCGCCGCGUCAGCCCGGCGCGCUACCUCGGCCUCGGCAUCUGCCGCUGCCGAGGCCGACGUCCUCCGCGCCCACAUUCGCGAGCUCGAGACCGACAACGCCACUCUUGCCCGUGAGCUUGCCGCCUCCACCGCGCUAGCUGCUCGUGUGGCCUCGCUCUCGGACGAAAACGCGCAGCUGCAUGCGCGGAUCGCCGAGCUGGAGACCAGCGCAGACAGUAAUCUCCCGCCCGAUGUCGACCUCUAUGAUGAGAUGGGCGCCCUGCUCACUCGCCUCGCCGAUGUCGAGACCGACAACAACCGCCUCGCUCUCGAGCUCGAGCACGCGCUCGCCGCCAAGGCCGAGGCCGAAGCCGACGCCCUCGCCUACAAUCUUUCGCUCACUGCCAAGACGACUGACACUGUUGCUGAUACCGCUGCAGAUACUCAUUCCGAGGCCACCUUGGUUGCAGUUGCUAGCGACGGCGUGUCCGCUGAUGCCGACGACUCCGAGUACGAGUACGAGUACGAGGAAGUCCAAGUUGGCCAACACGACGUUGACCAUGACCACGUCGUCGACGUUGAUGACGGCGAAGUCGAGCACGCACCCUCCCCAGCCAUCCAGCUUGCCGCCAUCGCUGCCUCCAUCGCCUCGCCUGCCUCGCCACGCGAGACCCAGGACGCGCUCCACAAGCGAUUCCUCAACUCGCCGUCGCGCCACCUCACCGGCUCGGCAGCCAUCCACCUCGCCGCUCUCACGAGCCCUGCGUCCUAACCCCCUCCCUUCCCUACUCUCGGCGCAAUACACAUCUGUCCGUCUCCCC